UUCUGAGACCGAGCAGCAGAACGCCAGAGAGCCGGUAGCGAUCUGCAGCAGGAUCAGAGCAUGAGCAUGGCCUCUACCCAGUCCACGGCCUCCAAGGACACGCAUCACUACCCGCACUUCGACGAGCUCCGGUGGGUGAUCCAGAUCCGCCACACGCUGGAGGAGGAGCACGACGACGACGUGGGCAUCCCCGUGUCGGUGUUCAACGUCCCCAGAUGCUUGCAGGUGACCAAGCCCGAGGCGUACGUCCCCCAGCUGAUCGCCGUGGGGUCGUACCACCACUGGCGCCCGGAGCUGUACGAGAUGGAGCGCUACAAGCUCGCCGCCGCGAGGAGGACGCAGAAGCAAUUCCACACCAUCAAGCUGCAGCACCUCAUCGAGCAAUUCACCAAGCUCGAGCACAAGAUCCGUGCCCAUUACCACAGGUACCUUGAUUUCAAUGGAAAUACGUUGGCGUGGUUGAUGGCGGUAGAUGUGUCGUUCUUGCUUGAAUUCCUGCAAGUUUAUGCUAUCCAAGAAGAAGAAGGAAAAGGUAAGGUGCUCAGAAGGUUGUCUUCUCGGAUGUCCCACUUGGUGGAUUACACGGGGAGGAAGUCGGCGCACAACGUGAUAUUGAGAGAUAUAAUGAUGCUGGAGAACCAAAUCCCACUCUUCCUGCUGCGCAAUAUCCUGGAGCUGCAAUGCUCCUCGAUAGAAGUCGCUGACGGCACGCUGACCAAGAUGCUCACCGGCUUGCUCAAGGAGAUCUCCCCUUUCAAGCUGAUGGAGAACUUCCCCUGCAUCGACGUCGCGCAGCACGCCCACUUGUUGGAGCUACUCUACAAUGUCGUCGUCCCUAAAGCCGACGACGACGGCGACGACAACGAGAUCGAGGAGCAGAACGACGAGGCAGCGGCGAAGGAGCAGACGUACGGGAAUUCCGGCUACGUCAGGCAGCUUCUCGAUGCGGUCUCGAAGAUCGGAUCGAGUCUCAACGGAGCUCCAAUCCGCUUCAUCAAGAGCGUCAUCGUGUCGAGGCUCGUCAAGUUCGUGGUGCAGGUUCCUAGGAAGAUCCUCACCAGCCUCCCGGGCUUCUCAAUCGCGAAACAGCCGGACGAGGUGGAGCAGCAAGGAGGGAAGGCUGCUGGCCGGGGAGCAACGGCGACGGUGGUCGCUAGCCAAAAUGCAGCGGUUGAGGUGGGGCUGGCCGAAAGCAAGGGAGGCAGGGGCCCCUUUCGACCAGAUGGGCUUCAAAGGGGAGAGGAUGUGGUUGUGGCAGAGCAAGGAGGAUCGACAGCUGGGAGGCAUGCGGCGAUUGUCGCACGGUGGCUAGCAACGGUGGUGGCUCUGCAACAUAGGAGAGGGGUGGUGUUGAAGUGGCCGAGAAGCAGAGGUGGCGGUAGAGGCAACCGGCGCCUGCGACAGCAGAGGGACCAGCGGUUGCUCUAUUUCUAUCGCAUCACAGAAACAACAACGCCGACCGAUCGCAUGGCCAAAGCUGCAACCAAGGGAAGGCAGCGAUGGUGGUGUGGCUAG